AUGUCCACAAUUCUCGAGCAGCAGCCGCCGAUGGAUCCGGCGCAGAAGGCGAUGAUGUUGGCGAAGGACAGUACCCUGGCCACAGCUGGUAUGAACGUUGUGGGUGGUUACGUGAUGGGUUUUGGCUUUUCUCUCUUUGGUGCGAUGAUUUCCGCCGAGACGGCAACACAGCGAAUGGGCACAGCAGACUUCUUCCGUCACAGUAUCCGUGCUGCUGGAAAGCUCGGCUGCAGUUUUGCAUACUUUGGCUUUCUCUUUGGCGGCAUUGAGGUGGCACUGGAGAAGCGACGUGGGCGAAAAGACAUGUGGAAUCCAACCGCCUCUGGGGCGUUGCUUGGCGGGGCUUAUGGUUGGCGUUAUUAUAAGGCACCGGGACUCGUUGGUGGUGUGGCUAGCGGUGCGAUCUUCUCACUGCUGCUGGAGCGCAUGAUCGAUGCACUCGGCUUCGCACAACGGUAA